CGCACGCGGCGGCGCAGGGAGAGACCCCCGCCCGCCUCGGCGCGUCCUCCGCUCACUGCGUGGCCGUCGCCCCCGCCGGGCCGCUGGCUUCGCCCCGGGGGCGCGCGCCCGCUUGGCCUUGUAAGGCCGGCCAUGGGGCGAGCCCCCUCGCCCGCGUCGCAGAGCCUCUUCCCCGACCCCUCCGCGAGUCGGGCGGGGAAGUUCAAGAGAGCUUGAGUGACAGCCGGGCGGCCGGGCGGGGACGCGCCCCGGACUCUUCUCAGUUGAGAUGCGGUUCCUGGGCAGGUUUCGACACCAGUCCCUUUCCGCGUCCUUCGGCCCUGGCUCUGGCUGCCUGGCGGAGGGUUCGGGGGUGAUUAAAGCUGGCUUUGCAGGAGACCAGAUUCCCAAAUACUGUUUCCCAAACUAUGUCGGGCGGCCGAAGCACAUGCGGGUGAUGGCUGGAGCCCUGGAGGGAGACCUCUUCAUCGGACCAAAAGCAGAGGAGCACCGGGGGCUGCUGACCAUCCGCUACCCCAUGGAGCACGGCGUGGUGCGAGACUGGAACGACAUGGAACGCAUCUGGCAGUACGUCUACUCCAAGGACCAGCUGCAGACCUUCUCGGAGGAGCAUCCUGUGCUCCUCACGGAGGCCCCGCUCAACCCGAGUAAGAACCGGGAGAAGGCGGCAGAGGUGUUCUUUGAGACCUUCAACGUGCCGGCCCUGUUCAUCUCCAUGCAGGCUGUGCUCAGUCUGUACGCAACGGGACGCACGACAGGAGUGGUUCUAGACUCAGGGGACGGGGUCACUCAUGCUGUGCCCAUCUAUGAGGGCUUUGCCAUGCCUCACUCCAUCAUGCGGGUGGACAUUGCCGGCCGCGACGUCUCCCGCUACCUCCGACUCCUGCUGCGCAAGGAAGGGGUUGACUUCCAUACCUCGGCUGAGUUUGAGGUUGUCCGGACAAUCAAAGAGCGAGCGUGCUACCUGUCCAUCAACCCACAGAAGGAUGAGGCUCUGGAGACGGAGAAGGUGCAGUACACGUUGCCGGACGGCAGCACGCUCGAUGUGGGGCCUGCACGAUUCCGGGCCCCCGAGCUGCUGUUCCAGCCGGACCUUGUGGGGGAUGAGAGUGAGGGGCUCCAUGAGGUGGUGGCCUUCGCCAUACACAAGUCUGAUAUGGACCUGCGCCGGACGCUGUUCGCCAACAUCGUGCUCUCAGGUGGCUCAACGCUUUUCAAAGGCUUCGGAGACCGAUUACUCAGUGAAGUGAAGAAGCUUGCCCCAAAGGAUAUCAAAAUCAAGAUCUCAGCCCCGCAGGAACGGCUGUACUCCACAUGGAUUGGUGGCUCCAUCCUGGCCUCGCUGGACACUUUUAAGAAGAUGUGGGUGUCCAAAAAGGAGUAUGAAGAGGAUGGCUCCCGUGCUAUUCAUCGCAAAACUUUCUAGUGCCCAAGGAGGGCGGGGCAUGUUGGGAGAGGGGGAGGGACGGGAGCCAGAGCCUUUAACCCUUUUUGGUCUGGGCUCGUAUACUAGGCUUAGGGUCCCCUGCAUGCCCUGAACCCCUGGGUGGGCGGCACAGCAGUGCCCCCCUGCAGCCUUCCCCUCUACACACACACGACAUGCACACACAAGUAACAUUGAGCUGCAUGGACAGGAGCCCUGAGCUGGCGUGUGGGAAUUGAGUGCCAUGUCAGGCUGUUGUGGGUAUCCCCCUGGCAGGGCCAGCUAGGCCUGUGGUUCCCUGCUCCGACUCUCAGGGCUGCCUCCCUGAGCUCCAGGGCCAGAAUGCCUGGAUGCCUGGGUAGCCAGUUUGGCUGCAAGGGGCAGCCAGCAGCUCCCACUGGUGUGUCACUGCAUCCAUUGCCACCUCCUGUUCGUGACCUGACAGGGUGACACAGCCCCUUUCACACUCUGUCCUCUGAUCUUCCUGGGUAGAUGCCCUGGUGUAGGCUGAGUACUGAAUGGUCUUCCAUUCCCAGCAAGGGGGUGCAGCCCAGGGUCAGGCCCUUCAGAGCCAGGGCAGAGGAUGCAUGGUGGCCAGAGCUGCUGCACUGUCCUUUUCAGAGCACUUCAUCCACUUGCUCCUCCCUCUACCCUUGGCACCCUGGGUGGGAAAGGGUUGAUGCUCAUCAUUUAUUGAGGGGAAGCCACUUAUUAAGGAGUCAGACCUAAAAGGGGGUGGGGGACAUUUUCUUACCUCACCCAAGAAAGAGGUCAUCACUUUUGCUGUGGCCAGGGCCCCACCUCCCUCUCUCAGAUAUGUACAAUAAUUUAACACGGUUGCCUGAAAAAAAAACUUUUGUAAAUCAUUAUAGUAAUAAUUAUGGACAAGG